AUGCCGUUAGUAGCUUUUAAUUGUGGAUAUCGAAAUAAAUUUAUGAAUAAAGAUGGACGUUGGCAGGAUGAUCCUUCUAGCGUUGCUGGUUGUUUACACGGAAAAUAUGAUAUUUUAAAAUAUUGUAAACGAGUAUAUCCAAAUGAAGAAAUAAAUAAUAUUGUUGAAUAUCCACAUAUAACAAAAAUUGACCGUUGGUGUCGUGAAGGAGGUAAAGAAUGUUAUCAUCAAUUUAAUGUUCGCCCAUUUAGAUGCAUUGCUGGAGAAUUUGUAACAGAAUCUUUACAAGUCCCCCAUCGCUGUCAUUUUGACCAUAUUAUUGGUAGAGAUAAAUGUAAUGAUUUUAAUUUUUGGAAUAAUACUUCUGAAGGAGAAUGCUUAAAAAAAAAGGAAACAACAAAAUCUAAUAGCCACCAAAUGCAGCUUUUUUCCUUUGCUUUAUUAGAGCCUUGUGGUUUAGGAAUGUUUAGAGGCGUUGAAUUUGUUUGUUGCCCAAAAGAUUUGGAAGAAAAAAUUGAAAAAAUUGUUGUGGAUUUGGAAACACCUUCAAACGAAGAAAAAAAGAAAACUUUGUCUUCCUCCGAUGAUGAAGAGGAGAAAGAAGAUGAUGAGGAGGAGGAGGAAGAAUAUACUGAUGAAGAUGAGGAUGAAGACUUGGAAAGUGAUGAUAAAUUAUCCAAAUCAAAAAAGAAAGGAAAAACAUCAACAGAACAACAACAAAAACAAGAUCCUUACUUCAAAGAAGAUAAUACAGCAAAUGAACAUGAACGUUUUAUUGAAGCAGAAGAACGUUUAGAAAAGAAGCAUCGUAAAAAAGUUACAAAAGUAAUUACUGGAUGGAGUGAAUUAUUUGAACGUUAUAAUAAAAUGAAGGAGAAAGAUCCUAAAGGAGCAGAGCAAUACAAGAGAGAAAUGACUGGUAAAUUCCGUAAAACAAUAGCCUCGUUAGAAACAGAAAAUCGUGAACAACGUAAACAAUUAGAAGAUUUACAUAAUGAGCGUGUACAGACUUCUCUUAAUGAGAAGAAACGUCAAGCAACACACGAAUAUAGGGCAGCUUUGGCUAUUCAAGUUGGAAGGGAUAAUAAAGAAAAUGUUUUGAGAACACUUAAAAAUUAUAUUCGGGCUGAAGAAAAGGACAGAUUGCAUAUGCUUAAUCGUUAUCGACACCUUUUACGUUCUGGACAGCAAGAAGAGGCAAUAUCUUUUGAGCCAAUUCUUCUCCACAGACUUCGAUAUAUCGACUUACGAAUUAAUGGAACUUUGGCAAUGCUUAGGGACUUCCCCGAAUUGGAAAAAGAAUUGAGACCUAAAUCGUUGGCUUUUUGGAAAGCUUAUCGAAGAGAAAAUACACCUGAAGAGUUGGAACGAAAGGAAAUUGACGAAGUUGAAACAAAGAAAAAAUCUUUGAGUGAUGAAGAACGAAAUGAACGUUUAAUUAAAUUAUAUAAACAAAAUUUUUCGUCAAAAUAUCAAGAUAAUUCAAUCGUUACAAAAAUAGAAACACACAAAUUAACACCUUCAGUUGAACAUAAAUCUAUGGUUGUUUCUUUAAAAGAUGUUUUGAAUGAUAAUGAGGAGGAUAAAAAUAAACAGAAAAAGAAGGAAAAACAAUUAGACGAAGAUUCUGAUGAGGAUCAAUUUGAAGAAGAUGAAGAUACAGAAGAAGAUGAUGAUGAAAAGAAAACAACAAUAGUUCCAGCCCCAAGUUCAACACAAAAAAUCCCAGUUAAAAUCCACGUAGAAUUACUUAAACCUUAUGGAAUGGCUAAAUUAAAAUCAAAAGGAGGGGAGGAAUCUUCAAAUGAAGAAGAUGAGGAUGAUGAUGAAGAGGAGGAGGAAGAAGAGGGAAUUAUUAAGGAUGGAGCUAAACGAAAACAAAUAAAAAAUAUAAAUAUAGAACCGAUUGUUUUGGCCCCCUCUCCAAAUGAAUUUUUGGAAGAAAAUAAUGGGGAGGAAAUUGUUAAUAAACACUAUAGUAGAGCAUUAUUUAAAGCUCGUCAUAAUAAUAAGGAAGAGGAAGAUGUUAGUAAUUUACUUGAAGAUGCCAAUUUAAUUAUUUUGCUUGGACUUGUUGCUUUAGUAACCCUUACUUUGGCAAUUGUAGUAUUUUUGUUUAGAGGAAGAAGAAAUCGACAUCGAGGAUUUAUUGAAGUGGAUGUUUGUACUCCAGAAGAGAGUCACAUAACUGGAAUGCAAGUUAAUGGAUAUGAAAAUCCAACUUAUGCAUUUUUUGAGAGUAAACAACAAAUUUAAAAAAUUUUGAAUGAUUUAAAAAAAGAAGAACAAGAAAAUAAUUAUCUAAUAUAUUCCUUUUUUGGAGUAUUUUUAUUUAAAUUUUUUUUGUUAAUUCUUUUUAAAAAUAUUGACGAAUUUUAGAUUUUAAAUAUUUUUUUUUGAAUUUAAUUUUUUUCUUUUCUUUUUUUUCUUCUUUUCUGUGUGUAAACAGUUUUCUAUUUUUUUGAAAUUUUUCCGGCAAUAAUUUAGAGAAUUAAAGAAAUUUUUUCUAAAGCUUACAAAACAAAAACUAUUUUCUUUUCCUUCUUUUUUAUUUCCUAAAAACCAAUUUAUUUCCAAGCAUUUUAUUUU